GAAGGAAGCGGGAUUCAGAUGCCAGGUUUGAGAGAGAGGUUGCGCGGAGGGGGAUGGGUCGAGACUGGUUAGCAUGGAAGAACCUUGAGGGUUCUGAGGCACCAGAGGAUGUCCUUUGACCGCCUUGAUGAGUCACGUGGACUGACGGGGGCGGGGCGGAAAGGCUGGAUAAGUUCCUUCCGGGUCAGUGACAGAAGCGUGGACUCCGCUGAGUAGUUGCUGGCGUCUUGGUCCGCUCCGCGUCUUCCUCGUAUCAACGCGAGGUGAUUGUGGUUUCCACGAUGAGCUCCCAGAAAGGGAACGUGGCUCGUUCCAGGCCUCAGAGGCACCAGAAUACGUUUAGCUUCAAAAAUGACAAGUUUGAUAAGAGUAUUCAGACCAAGAAAAUUAAUGCAAAGCUUCAUGAUGGAGUUUGUCAGCGCUGUAAAGAAGUUCUUGAAUGGCGUGUAAAAUACAGCAAAUACAAACCAUUGUCAAAGCCUAAAAAAUGUGUUAAAUGUUUACAAAAAGCAGUGAAAGAUUCUUAUCACAUAAUGUGUAGACCAUGUGCCUGUGAACUUGAAGUUUGUGCAAAAUGUGGAAAGAAAGAAGACAUUGUUAUUCCGUUUAAUAAAGAACCAGAAAAGACAGAAAAUCCUGAAAGUAAUCUACAUUCCAACCCUAGAAGUUGCAGAAGAAAUGAAGAAGAAAGUGAUGAUGAUUUAGAUUUUGAUAUUGAUUUAGAUGACACAAAAGACAAUCAAGGGGAUUAAUAUAUUCAAAGUCAGUUUGAAAACAUGAAAUUCCGAACAACUUUUGACUUUUGAGGGUUUUACACAAAAAUACUGUGAAAUCCUAAUGAGAAAAAUAGCAAAAACCUAUAUAGAAAACAGGCAAAAUUCACACAUGGACUAUAUAACUUAUGCAUGAUACUUGGAUAAUUAUGAAACUUUCAUUUAGUGUUUUCUUACAAUACAUUUUUUUAAAAAAGUUUUUUAAUGUUUAUUUUUGAGACAGGGAGAGACAGAGCACAAAUUGGGGAGGGCAAAGAGAGAGGGACACACAGAAUCUGAAGCAGACUCCAGGCUCUGAGCUGUCAGAAUAGAGCCCGACACGGGGCUCGAACUCACAAACUAUGAGAUCAUGACCUGAGCUGAAAUCAGACACCACACCAACUGACUCAGCCACCCAGGCGCCCCUCUUACAAUACACUUUUAAGUAGCAUAUGCCAGAGUACCUGCCAAAGUGAAUAUUAGGUUAUCAUAUUGCAGUUCAAGGGAAUUAUUUAGAAGAAUGUGCUACCUAAUAUCAAACUAAACAAGAUUCAGAAUUGUUACUUGUGUAAGAACUAUCCCAUGGAAAGAUCAGAUGAUAUAACUACAGUGCAAGCUUCAAAAAUUGGUCCUCAGCACCUUUUGAUAGAUUGAUCCCAAGUAAAUGGCCCACAUAACAAAGUCCCUUUACUUAAAGUUUGCUUAUAAAAGACUUGUUAUUUAUUUUUUGUAAUAAUGUUUAAUAAGUGUAUUUAAGCAGUUUUUCUUGAAAGUAUUUUUACAUACUGGAUCACAUUUUUUAACCUUUCUUCUGUUGUGAAAUAUACAUACGGAAAAAAAUAUAUAAAAUACGUAUGUGUAAUUUAAUAAAUAAUUAUAAGAAAAGUCAUACAUCUGUCAUCCAGAUGAAGAAACUACUUUUAAACAAUAUAAAUUAGUUUUGUCUGAUUUUUAGUCUUUUUUAUCUUUUUUUUUUUUUUAAUUUUUUUUUUCAACGUUUAUUUAUUUUUGGGACAGAGAGAGACAGAGCAUGAAUGGGGGAGGAGCAGAGAGAGAGGGAGACACAGAAUCGGAAACAGGCUCCAGGCUCUGAGCCAUCAGCCCAGAUCCUGAUGCGGGGCUCGAACUCACGGACCGCGAGAUCGUGACCUGGCUGAAGUCGGAUGCUUAACCGACUGCGCCACCCAGGCGCCCCUUUUUUAUCUUUUUAUUUUGAAAAAUCUCAAACCCAAGGAAAACAGCAAACUAGUAAAAUGAAACCUUGUGUAUUCUUCCCGUAGAUUCACAGUUGAUCGGUUACAUUUUCAUUAUAUCUCAUUAGGUAUUAGAUACAUAUUUUAUUUCCUGAACCAUUCGAAAAUAAGUGGCAGACAUUGGAUUUGAACUUUAUAUGAACAGACUUAUACAUGCAUGUUAUUUUGUAUCUCUUUAUAAUGAAAUAAAGAACAUGGAUGUGAAAUUGAUCCA